UGCACAGAAUUUUGAGUGCAAAGUUUUAGACUUUCGUAUCUAGGCAGCGUUUAAAAGAGCGUUAAUUUGCAUGGGUGUAGUCGAUACUUAUUUUAUUUUUAUUUUUUUAUUUUUUUGUUGGGGAAAACAUAAAAGCUCUAUGACGUUACUACUACUUUAGAAAAAAAAAAAAAAUCGUGUGGUGAGGUUUACAUGCAUUUGUUGGCAGUGUCCGACACGUCAGUGAUAUUGAUAACGAUUCUCUAAGCAAGCAGAGAACGGGAGUGAGAACGAGGAAGAGGUUUACUUAACUUUUAAAAGUUUUGCAAAACGGAGUGAAAUGAUGGGAAUUCAGAUGUCCACCCAUAUGCUUGGCUUUGUUGGAUCUGAACCUUGAAAAUCCUUUUUUCUCAUCUGUUAUUCUUGAGUCUUCGCCAGCCUGUGUAGUUGAACAAGAUGGAUGCCGAACCAAGCUGCGCCUAUGUCAGCAUUCCCUGCCAUAAUGAGCAACGGGACAAAAAGAAGCGGUAUACGGUUUACAAAGUAAUGGUUUCUGUCAGCAGACAUGAAUGGUUUGUCUUCAGGAGAUAUGCAGAAUUUGAUAAACUCUACAACACACUAAAAAAACAGUUUCCUAACAUCAACUUGAAGCUCCCAGCGAAACGGAUAUUCGGAGACAACUUUGAUCCAGAAUUUAUAAAGCAAAGAAGAACAGGGCUACAUGAAUUUAUUCAGAGAUUGGUCACGCAUCCUCAACUAAGUAACCAUCCUGAUGUGAGGGCAUUUCUUCUGAUGGACAAACCAAAUAAUCUUUCUGAUCCUUCAGAAGAUGAUGAAGAAAAACACAACUCUACCUCUGGCGACAUUAACCUGGGUCCAUCUGGAAAUCCUCAGUAUGUUAUUUAUUUGUUAUAUUAUUUUAUUUUUUUACAUUAUCUUAAAUCUGUGGGUAAUGAACCUCAAAUUGUUUUAUCAGGUGGCCUUUUUUUCAGUUCAUAUUUUGUAUCUUGCCAGGUUCUUCUUGCGAAACAUAAACUGGACAAUACAUAUUAUGCAAUCAAAGUCUUACAGAAAAGAGUCAUACUUAACCGGAGAGAGCAAAAACACAUAAUGGCUGAGCGCAACGUGCUGCUGAAGAAUAUAAAACAUCCUUUCUUGGUUAGGCUACAUUAUUCUUUCCAAACAGCAGACAAGCUUUACUUUGUGCUGGAUUUCAUUAAUGGAGGAGAGCUGUUUUUCCAUCUACAAAGAGAACGCACUUUUCCAGAGCCCAGAGCCAGGUUUUACAUUGCAGAAAUGGCGAGUGCACUGGGCUACUUACAUUCAAUAAAUAUUGUUUACAGGGAUUUGAAACCAGAGAACAUUUUACUAGACUCCCAAGGUCAUAUAGUUCUGACUGAUUUUGGGCUGUGCAAAGAAGGAAUUUCUCAGGACGACACCACAACUACUUUUUGUGGGACACCAGAAUACCUUGCACCAGAGGUCCUGAGAAAGCAGCCCUAUGACAACACAGUGGACUGGUGGUGUCUUGGCUCUGUCCUGUACGAGAUGCUGUAUGGACUGCCUCCAUUUUAUAGCCGAGAUACUGCUGAGAUGUAUGAAAACAUACUUCACAAGCCCUUGACCGUUAGGCCUGGAGCUACCAGUGCUGCCUGGUCUAUUCUGGAGGGAUUGCUGGAAAAAGACCGGACAAAGAGAUUGGGAUCGAACGAUGAUUUUCUUGAGAUCAAAAGGCACCCAUUUUUUCUUGCUAUCAGCUGGGAUGACCUUGUAGAGAAGAAGUUCCCACCUCCAUUUAAUCCUUGCAUAGCUGGCCCUGAAGACAUCCAGAACUUUGAUACAGAAUUUACAGAAGAAACGGUCCCACAGUCUGUGUGCUAUUCUUCUGAGCAGUCCAUUGUUAACGCUAGCGUACUCGAGGCAGAUGAUGCAUUUAUCGGUUUUUCCUAUGCACCCCCUUCUGAAGACUCAUUCCUCUAGAAUGACUCCUGAUUGCCUGGACUGGGAGGGGGAGGUGGGAGGCGGGGGGGUACUAAACAUAGCCUUACUUUUUACAAAAAGCUUUAACCUGACAAGGGAUCAUUCUUAAUUAAAUUCACUGUGCAUAGCAUAAGCCUAGAUGAGUCUGCACUGUUUUUUAUGCAAAAUGUUGCAUUGAUCAUUUAUUUAUUUUUAUUUUCUUCAGGAUAUAUGGUGAAACAUUUAGAGACUGAUUCAUAUUCACGUUGAUGCAGCUUCAGUGCUCGGGAGUAACAUGUUUUAAUGGCUGGUAAUUGUAUUCUUAUUUUUCAGGUUCAAUAAAUAACAUAUUAAAGUCACUUACUGAUUGAUACAUUUCUGCUGCUGACUGUUACACUGUGUAUAUUUUCAACGUCAUGCUUUUGAAGCAUUUCUAAUAUAAUGUAUUGUUUGAUUGAACUCUGUACUUUGCUGUAGUAUCUGUUUAAAAUAUCAUGGUGUUGGAUGAAUAUUCUACCUUCAAAAGACAUGGUGCAGGUAAAACAUUAUACCGCUAUUUCAAGACCUGUUUAUCAGAAAAUAUAUUUGUUUACAACUUGUAAAAUAUGAGUCUUUUUAACUAUGCAUUAUCACGUAAAAAAAUAAAUAUUCUAGGACAACAAAAUGAACCUUUCAUUUGUA